AUGCAGAUGCAGCAACAAAUGGAGAUGCAGAUGCAACAGCAGCAACAGCAGCAACAGCAGCAACAGCAGCAACAGCAGCAACAGCAGCAACAGCAGCAACAGCAGCAACAGCAGCAACAGCAGCAACAGCAGCAACAGCAGCAACAGCAGCAACAGCAGCAACAGCAGCAACAGCAGCAACAGCAGCAACAGCAGCAACAAUAUCAGCAGCAGCAACAAUAUCAGCAGCAGCAACAAUAUCAGCAGCAGCAACUUCGUCCCCAAUCAUCUCUUCAAGCAUGGGCGCCAAUGGAUAUGUACACUCUCAAACAGCAACUACAGCAGAAUUACAUGAUACAGAACCAGGCCCUGGUCUAUGGGGCAUCCAACAUGGCUCAACAGUAUCCCAACAUAUAUGUCACUGGCCCCGUUCCCAACCAACCGACUCACGGUAGGCAAAACUCGCAGGGUGGUGGAAUGUAUGCUCAAGACCCUCCAUUCCGGGUCCUCCAUAGCUAUAACUCACCAGCAUAUCGACACGCUCCCAUCUGGAGCCAAUAG